GACCUCCAGAACUCCACUACUCCACUCCACCAGCAAACCGCAAGAAGGAGGAGAAGGGCUUACUUAGGAUGGCGCCUCCAACUCAACGCCAAAAAUUAAGGCUAAAAAUAAAUAAAUUAAAACAACAGCAAAUGCAAGCGGAAUUGCAGUUACACCAAUACGACAGGCUACAGCGACAGCAGCGGGAGGAAUGGCGGUGGCGAAGUGGAGCAUACCCCGAUUAUGAAGGGGGAUAUAUAUCCCACUAUUAUAGGGGGCACAUGAGCCCCCCACUACGCAGACCCCCACCACGCAGCCCCCCAUUACGUUACGAAGAGUACUAUGAACGUUAUAAUUACGAAAGUGGCCGUAGCUACGAGCCACCAUCAACACGCCAACCAGCUCUAGCUCCAGCGUACGAAAGUGGCCGUGGCUACGAGCCACCAUCAACACGCCAAGCAGCUCCAGCUACAGCUUACGCAGGUGGCCGUAGCUACGAGCCACCAUCAACACGCCAACCAGCUCUAGCUCCAGCGUACGAAAGUGGCCGUGGCUACGAGCCACCAUCAACACGCCAACCAGCUCCAGCUCCAGCUUACGAAAGUGGCCGUGGCUAUGAGCAACCAUCAACACGCCAACCAGCUCCAGCUCCAGCUUACGCAGGUGGCCGUAGCUACGAGCCACCAUCAACACGCCAACCAGCUCCAGCUCCAGCUUAGGCAGGUGGCCGUAGCUACGAGCCACCAUCAACACGCCAACCAGC